AACAGUGCAAAACUGUUUUUAAUGUAACCGUGUGUUUGUGUGGGUUUUCAGGGAAUUUAUGUAAAUCACAAAGCUCAUCUGCAGUGCAGGGACAUUUUUCAGCAACAAAAGAGUGAUCAAAUUAAGAUGACUCAUAAUGAAAUAUAAACAGAGGGUAUUAAAUUAUUAGCUUUAAAUCUACUGGAGAGAAAAAAAUAAUGGAUUAAGCUAGCUACUUGGCCCCGGGCCUGUGGUUAUGUGUAUGUGUUUUUACACAGUGCCAAAAUUCUAAAAUAAGUGUUUGUACCAUUGGAGAAGAAGCCGUUCGCUUCACAAAAUACAUGUUUUCUCUCUUUGAGUAUUCCUACAUUCUCACCUGACCUUCAGGCGAACUGAAACUGGCUUAUAAACAAAUUGAAAUACACGGUCGGACAAGGGUGUGGAAGAAUGUUGUAUACAGAACCAAACUUUCCAGCACAUCUCUCCCUAACUCAGUGAGAAGCUUAAAGACGAACAACACUACAUGGUCUACUGGGUUGGUGUGUGUGAUAAACUGCAGUGUUUUCUUCUCCUUACUAAAAUAUAUUUUCACACGAUUGGCACAAGAGUUGGUGGUCUCCAUGGCUAUGCUCCUGUCAGAAAACAACAGGUCUUUCCUUCCCACCACCAAGACUCCUCUCCACAAUGCCACAGAAUGGAUCCUGGUCCACAGCAUCAUUCCUCCCUACAUCUUCACCCUGUGUGUGACGGGGCUGCUGGGUAAUGGCUUUGUCCUGCUGGUCUUCCUUCUCCAGAGGGAGCAGUGCUCCGUCCCAGAGAUCUACCUGGGAAACCUGGCCCUGGCUGACCUGCUCCUCCUGGCCUGCCUGCCCUUCUGGGCCAUGAACAUCCUUAAUGACUACAACUGGCCUUAUGGAGACUUCCUGUGCCACGUAGUCAAUCUGUCUAUCACUGUCAACUUCUAUACCAGCAUCUACCUGUUGGUGAUGGUGAGCGUGGACCGCUACUUAGCGCUGGUGAGAACCAUGAGGGCCAGGUGGCUGAGGAGGAAGCGCUACGCAAGAGCGAUAUGCCUCAUACUGUGGCUGUUUGGGCUGCUGAUAGGAGGUCUAGCUUCGCUUCACAGAAAGGUGACGUUCAUUGAGGAAUACCGUACAAUGGCGUGUAUUCUGGAGUAUCCGGAUCACUCUGGGGAGUCUUGGAAGCUGGCCCACAACCUCCUGUUGAACAUAGUUGGCUUUGUUGUGCCUGUUGUGGGGAUUUUUUCCUGCAGUUGUAACAUUAUCAGAGCCCUGAGGAAGAGGAGGAAGAGUGUUUACAUAGAGGGUGGAAAUGACAGGAAGGCCACAGUCCUUGUUUACGCCGUGACGCUGCUGUUUUUUGUAUGUUGGAGUCCCUUCCAACUCUUCACCUUACUCGAUAUGCUGUGUGAUGCAGAAGUCUUGGAUGAAACAUGGCAUUAUACACUGGACAUUGGUACCCAGUUUUCAACCUACCUAGCAAUUCUGAACAGUAGCCUAAAUCCUCUGUUGUAUGUAUUUUCUGGACAGUAUUUUAGGAGGAAAGUUAGCACCAUCUACAAGAGAACGAAGAAUCGCAGGAGAUCUGAUACAAUGGCCUUUCAGCUUUCAAUUGUAUCAACCUACCUCCACAGGACUGAUCAAAUCAAACCUGUUGUAAUACAGACAUGAGUUCCUGCAUUUUCCUGCACAUUUGUUUGAUAUCAUGUAGUUAUUGCACACUAAAUUGCAUUAUCAAUGUUGAAUUACACAAUGUAGCCACAUAAAAUGUGUGCAAUCUUGAACUACAUUAUGUAGGUCUAUAAGGUUUAGAUUGUGUAGGAGAUAUGUUUACGGGCACGGACAUUAUGUGAUAUAAAUACUAUGCAUGCCAGUCUCUCUUGGCUAAGAGUUGAGGAGAGACUGACUGCAUCACUUAUUUUUAUAAGAAACAUUGUGUUGAAAAUCACAAAUUGUUUGCAUAGUCAACUUACACACCGCUCUGACAAACACUUAUCCCACCAGACAUGCCACCAGGGGUCUUUUCACAGUCCCCAAAUCCAGAACAAAUUCAAGAAAGUGUACAGUAUUAUAUAGAGCCCUUAUUGCAUGGAACUUCCUUCCAUCUCAUAUUACUCAAAUAAACAGCAAAUCUGGUUUUAAAAAAACAGAUAAAGCAACACCUUGUGGCACAACACCUCUCCCCUAUUUGACCUAGAUAGUUUGUGUGUAUACAUUGAUAUGUAGGCCUCCGUGUGCCUUUAACAAAAAUAUAUGUAGUUGAGUUGUCCUUGUGCUGUUCUUGUCUGAUGAUGUUCUGUAUUAGGUCAUUCUGUAUUAUGUUUCAUGUUUUGUGUUGGACCCCAGGAAGUGUAGCUGGUGCUUUUGCAACAGCUAAUGGGGAUCCUAAUAAAAUACCCCAAAAUCUCAAUGUCACCUGUCACAAUGUCACUUUUAAUGCAAAAUUUUACAAAAUUGUAUGUUCUAGCAGUGAAGAUCACAGGAUGAUCUUUUAAUGUUUCCUGUGUGUGUGUGUGUGUUACACCCUUCUAGAUUGCCCCAAAACCCUUGUCUUGUCACAAUAAAUGAUGGCCUUUAAAAUGCCAAACACAUCUUUGUUAACGCCUAAACAUUAUGACAUUUCUCUCGCCACCAUUCUUCUUUUCAAUAAAGUUAUUUAAUACAUAUGAGGAAAUGUCUCCGGAGUGACAUUGGAGAGAAUACUAUUUGUAUCUUGACACAAAUAUCAAUGAUUCCCAGGACACCUAUAGGAAUAAAUGUAUAGUAAUUUAAUGAUCAUUUUACAAGACCAAAGUCAGGAGAGGUGUCUGCCUAGCUGUGCUCUUUUGCUUUCUAGACGGGUUCUGGUUGCUCAUGUUUGUAUAUAUAGUUUGUUAACUUGAGUGUAUGACCACCCACAUUCUAUAACUAUUUGCAUGUGUAGGUCUAGUAGUCCAUUAUGAGAUGUCAAGUCAUUGUUCACACCCAGGAGACCCAACGGAGAGAAGUUCCAAGCUAUAAACUGCAGAUGAGCCAACGUCAUGUUUGUUGCUGUUCAUAAUAGUUGUGGUUUCUGCAACACAGUGAAGUUUACACCAUAGCCUAUGAAAACAUCUUUACAGUAACAAAAGUACUGUUUCAGGUCACACUUUAUUUGUAUAGUCUGGAUAAUCAUACUAUCAACAAUUUGUUGAUAAGCAACUGCUUGCUAAGAUUACGGUUAGGGUUAGAAUAAGAAUAAGGAUUGGGGUUAAGGUUAGGGUUAGUGUUAGGAUUAGUAUUAGUAGAUAGUUAGUCUAUUUGUAGAUGCUCUGCAGACUACCCAAAUAAAAUGUUACCCAAAAGUCACCUCUUGGAAAACCAACUCUCCUCUUUUGUGUGCUUAAACAUAUACAUACGAUAUAUGAACUGCAAACCACCGAUGUAUAAUUGUUGAGUUCACCAUUCACUCGUCUGCCCAGCACACAGUUCUCUCAUCCGCAGUACUACUCUCAUGUGAUAGCUCAGAGGGAAUUUAACAGAGAAAAAUAAAUGCUAGAGACUAACAUUGUUUGACAUUCACUUCAGGAUACUUAGCUCAACGGUCACAUCUUUGACCAUGAGAGAAUGCACGUUCUAGAGCAAAAACUAUGAAAUUCCUAGUGAAAUCUUGGCUUAUAAAAUAAUUUAUGGAGUGUUUCUUGUAUUUUUUUAGAGGAGCUGUGCCAUUUGUCAUUGUGCACAGGCAGUGGUGACCCGUCAUUCAAGGCUCUGCCCCAACUGUUUUGAGCCUGUUUUGCAUGUUAUUUUGGCAUAAAAACAUGUCAUAUAUACACUGUAUUUAUAUACACAUUGAGUUAAUAAAGCCGC